AUGCAUCCGUCAUCUACGGUCGCCUCUAAAUCCUACACCAAGCCUGCCCUACCACCAGUCAUUCCUAACAUCACUAUGGUAACUGCAACGCAUGACCCACUCCCAGCCAACCUCCACAACGCACCGUCACCAGCUGUGCGUCCACCACCUCCACUUUUGAUCCAGCCCUUAGCCACCAUUUAUCCAGUGGAAUCAGACGUGUCGAGCCAACCACCUCAUUUGCCUAUUUUCAUAUCCUCCCCUGGGGAGCCUCAUACCCCAGUGGGCACCCCUUCAUUUACUCCACCCAUACCCUUCUCUAACAGUCCUGCAUUAGAGUGCAAUCUUGAAGAGUUGGCAGAAUUGGCUCGACUGGACGAGCAGGAAGUUUUUGGUGCAAUUUUGGCGUCUCUCAAUCAAAGCUAA